CAACUAAUCGUUCCCUCUCCCCCCUUCGUCCCUGGCCCCUGCCCUGUUUUAUUCCGAUUAUUCCACUGUGAUAUCUUAUCCCCGAGGUUUCUUCCUUCUGUUGCUAGUCUCUCUACCUAGCGAUUUACCCUAUAUAAAGCUGUUAUCGUUUGGAAUCUUUUCUUUCUUUAUUCAACUUUCUGUUCCAUCGUCAUCUGGGUUGCUAUUCCGGGCUAGUCCGGGAAUCCCCUACUUGUUCCAGUUUUCCAAAUGGUUCCUCCUCCUAGGGUUUCUAGGGUUUCUCUCGAAACCCUUGCGAUAGUUUAGAGACCCGCGCGUGCCCUCUUCGUCUUCUCCCAUCCUGAAUGUGAAUAGGAAAAAAAAAAUCCUAAAUCUUGCGCUUUUUCUUCCGGGAUUUUUAGGGUUUUGAAAUCCUUUCUCUAGCCCGCGUUUCGGUUCUUCGUUUUCGUUUUUCUUCUAGUCUGGUGUUAAAAAUCUUAUUUUUCCGCGUGGAUCGUGCUCAAAAUCGGAAAUUUAGGCAUUUGUUAAAAGUUUGAAUUUCUUCACCCGUUCUUUGGUUUAAUCGUUGAUUUGUUAGGGUUCUUGGAGUCAUUCUGUUGCCAUCCACUCAUUUCUCGUCAAAAUCCCGAAUUGAAGAACGGUUCUUUUGGGGCAUUAUCUGCUCCGUAGUAGCUCGUUCAUCUCGUUGCUAUCAUGGACGAAGGGGAUCUCGAUUUGUCUAACCCGGAGGCGUUCUCGGGGCCCAGCAUGGGUGAGGAUCUCCCGAGCAGCUGCUCGAUGGAUAGUUUCUUUGAUGAGAUCCUCAAAGACACACACCACCAUUCUUGCACUCACACGCACACCUGCAACCCUCCUGGCCCCGAUCUCUCCCACACCCACACCUGCUUCCAUGUCCACACUAAAAUUCUCUCAGCUCCUGCUGAUGAGACCGCUGAAUCUGCUGAGAAGAGCUCUUCAAAGAAACGACCUUCUGGCAACCGUGAAGCAGUUCGGAAGUAUCGGGAGAAGAAGAAGGCCCGGGCGGCAUCCUUAGAAGAUGAGGUUAUCCAAUUGAGAGCACUCAAUCAGCAACUGUUGAAGAAACUCCAGGGUCAAGCUGCUCUUGAAGCGGAGGUAGCGAGGCUUCGGUGCUUGCUUGUGGAUCUAAGGGGGAGGAUUGAAGGAGAGAUCGGGUCUUUUCCUUAUCAGAGACCACUAAAAGGGGGCAGUGAUUUGGUUUCGAAUGUGACGCAGGCGAACUUUAUGGGUGCCCAUGUGUUGAACUCGUGUGACUUCCGCUGUGACGAUGAGGUUUACUGCCUUCACCCUGGGAUGCAGGGGAAGAACAUGGGUGAAAGAGGUGUGGUGAAUAAUCAGGAAUUUGGAGUUUGUGAGAUUGGAAAUAUUCAGUGCAUGGGCAGUUCGGCUUCUGGAUCGUCAGACUUUGUGGGUUGUGGACGUGGAAAUGUAAUGCCUGUCGGCUGUUCAUCAAAUAUUGAUAAGAUUGAAGGAGCGCAUGCAACAACGGAGGGUUGAUCUUCUGUCAGCAAUGAGUUGGUGGUUCCCAUCAGUCAACAAGCGGUUUAGGGAAUGGCAUUAGCUUUUCUUUAGGCCUUCUUUUUGUUCAUAUAAGCAAGUUUCCUUGGCAGAUUGCACUUGCAUCAGAUGCUUUUGUCAGUCUUUGAACUUGCAUAUGUUAGUUGAUCCUUAUUCACUUGAUUCUAUUUCUGGGUUCCUUUUCUACUAAAUAUAAUACAUAUCAGUAGAUUUGAGUGGGUCUGUAUGCACUUUAAAUGAUGUGGAAGUUAUUAAUGGAUCUGGGUGACCUAUAUUCUCAUGGUGGUUCACAGGCAGCCUCAGUACUCCAGGUUGUGGUUUAUAAUAUUUAUCUAGCUUUAUGAAUUUAAAUUAAUGU